GGUCGGGCGCUGCGGGGCUGCGCUGGUGAGGCGGGCCGUGAGUCGCGCGCGGGGCGGCGGCGGCGGCGGGGAAGCGACGGCACCGCCAUCAUGAAGAAGCAGUUCAACCGCAUGAAGCAGCUGGCCAACCAGACGGUGGGCAGAGCUGAGAAAACUGAAGUCCUCAGUGAUGACCUGUUGCAGAUCGAGCGGCGUCUUGACAAUGUGAGGUCCGUUUGCCACAACUCCUGUAAGCGGCUUGUGAUGUGUUUGCAAGGACAGUACGGGACUGAGGAGGAAAAGAGACACAAGAAGCUCCCGCUCACAGCGUUUGCCCAGAAUGUGCAAGAAGGUGCCCAGCAGCUCAGCGAGGAAACGUUGCUGGGGAAAAUGCUAGAGACGUGUGGUGAAGCAGAGAAUAAACUUGCAAUGGAAGUCUCUCACCACGAGGUGCAGGUUGAAAAGGACGUUUUGGAACCCCUGAACCAACUCGCAGAGGUGGAAAUCCCCAAUAUUCAGAAGCAGAGGAAGCAGCUUGCUAAGCUGGUACUAGACUGGGAUUCUGCAAGAGCUCGAUGGAACCAGGCCCACAAAACAUCAGUCACUAACUUCCAAGGGCUUCCGUCUAAGAUAGAUUCCCUUAAGGAGGAGAUGGAUGAAGCUGGAAAUAAAGUCGAGCAAUGCAAGGACCAGCUUGCUGCCGACAUGUAUAACUUCGUUUCCAAAGAAGGUGACUAUGCAAGACACUUUGUCUCGUUAUUAGAAGCCCAAGCAGAUUACCAUAGAAAAGCAUUAGCAGUCUUAGAAAAGGUGCUCCCUGAAAUCCAGGCCCAUCAAGACAAGUGGACUGAAAAACCAGGUUUCGGGACUCCCCUGGAGGAGCACCUCAAGCGUAGUGGCCGAGAAAUCGCCCUCCCCAUCGAGGCCUGUGUGAUGAUGCUCUUGGAAACAGGCAUGAAGGAGGAGGGCUUAUUCCGCAUUGCUGCUGGAGCCUCCAAGCUAAAGAAGCUGAAAGCAGCACUGGACUGCUCAGCCUCGCAUCUGGAUGAGUUUUACUCAGACCCUCACGCCGUGGCAGGUGCCCUGAAGUCCUACCUGAGGGAGCUGCCAGAACCCUUGAUGACCUACGCCCUGUAUGAGGAGUGGACCCAGGUUGCAAACAUUCAGGACCAGGAUAAGAAAUUGCAAGACCUGUGGAGGAUUUGCCAGAAAUUGCCAAAGCCUAACCUGGCCAACUUCAGGUAUUUAAUCAAAUUUCUUGCAAAACUUGCACAGUAUAGUGACAUUAACAAGAUGACUCCUAGCAACAUUGCCAUUGUGCUGGGCCCAAAUUUAUUGUGGGCCAAAAAUGAAGGGUCUCUUGCAGAAAUGGCAGCAGCAACUUCAGUGCACGUGGUUGCCGUUGUUGAACCCAUAAUCCAGCAUGCUACCUGGUUCUUUCCUGAAGAGCUGGAUUUCAAUGUGUCUGGAGCAUUCGUGGGGCAGCCUGCUGUGAACUCAAAUCACCUGACUGCAGGGAGUGACUGUGACUCAGGGACCCUUGAGCGGAAGAGGCCGGUCAGCAUGGCUGUGAUGGAAGGGGAGCUGCUGAGAAAAGAGAGCUUUGGUGUCAAGGUUAUGGACUUCCAGGCAAAUCCCCGGAGAGUUGGCACUGUGAAUAGAAAGCACACAGCCCCAGCUUUCCAGCCACCGCUUCCGCCCACAGAGGCUGGCCCGCCGGCCCUGGCCGUGGCGGAGCAGCACCCUCAGGGCCCUGGGGCUGAGCCCGGCCUCGCUGGUGCUUCCUCUGCCUGCCUUCCUGGCUCAGCAGAGCAUUCUCACAGCCAAGGCACGGAGGACAGCAGUGCUUCAAAGCCAAAGGACUCCCCACCCAUGACGACGCCUCCGCCCCCCAGAAACGGCGGACCCGCUCAGCCUAUUGGUGGCUCUGGCCAGCUCUCCGCCGGGCAGUCCCAGACCACCGCUGGGCCCAGCCCACACGCACUCAGGCGAGCCGUCAAGAAGCCUGCACCGGCCCCUCCGAAGCCGGCUAACCUGCCCCCAGGGCAGCCGGGGAACCCAAGUGCUGCUCCUGCCCCCAAGCCCCCCGCCAGGAGCCCUUCUCCUCCCAGCCAGCACACAAGCCAAGGGGGCGCUCAGCCCGCCGCUGCUCCGCCCCAGGUUUCUGCCCCCCGGCGGUACUCAAGCAGCCUGUCCCCGAUACAGGCACCCAGCCACCCACCCCCACAGCCCCCCACACUGUCCGUAACGCCACCGCCUCAGACCAAGGCCGGCAGCCUCAGACCCUCCCCACCUGGCCCGGAGGGAGGGUCAGAGCAGCCGUCGCCCACCCCUCCGCAUACCCCGACGCCGCCUGACACGCCCCCCCCGGAGAAGCACAGCACCACCUGCCCAGCUGCCCAGCCUUCCACCCAGGACAUUCCACCAGCUCAGUCACCACCGCCUCCAUCGGGCACUUUGCUGAGGCCCCGGCCAGUGCCCAAGCCUCGCAACCGCCCCACGGUCCCCCCUCCGCCCCACCCUCCUGCCCAUCCGGCUGCGGACGGCGCUCUUCCGGGGCCCCCGGCAACGGCGUCCCACAUUGUGACCGAUGCCGGUUCCGAGGUUCAAGAGCCAUCACGGGGCUUCUCUGGUGUGGAGCCUCCUGCCCCAGAGUUGGUGACUUCGCCAAAUCAGAAUUCACACAACCACCUUGUGCUUGAUCUCGAUCAUGAUACUGAGAGCACUGCUUUGUAAAAAUAAUAAAAUCACUCCGAAACAGCCCUUUCUAUCCCAGUGAAAACCUAGCCUGUCCAGGAUCAACAGUGAGGAGCUUUAAAAAAAGGAGAGGAAGCAGCGGCAGCUAUGGUGGGGAUGGUGCUGCGGCCCCCUCGCGUCUCCCGAGAAGAGGCGUGGCCUGCAAAGGGGGAGCUCGAUGACCUGUGUCCUGGCGAAGCUGCCCAAGCUAGCCCUGGGGUGUUCUGGCUGUUGCUCGGCCCUGCAUGAGAAGCUUGAUUGCUGCUGCUGACAGAGACGGCGCUUGCCGGGAAGUUCCAAGAGGAAUCCAAAGCGACGCGCCUGUAACGAAAAUCAUGGCCCUUUCGAGGCCUCUGCCGAACUCCUCCUCUUCGUCCGUAUCGGGGAGAUGGCCUGCCAAGAGACGCGCCAUCUCGGAUAUGCUGCAGACUUUGUUGCAAGUAUGAACCAAAAAAUGGCUCCAGGUGCAGAAGAUGGCUGCUGGUUAUCGGUCACUUUUCCAAAUGGUGGAUGUAUCCUUGUGCCUUGAUGGACUUGACACUGUAGAAGGAAAUGCACUGCCUCUCUAACCAUUUCAGUGCUGUUCUUUUUUUAGAGUAUUGUUCUUUACCCCUUCAUUUGUCACAGAUAUUUGUAUUAACCCUCCUGCUCUGGUUUCUGUAACAUCCAUAGGCAGCUGCUGUCAAGCUGAACUCUUUGGAAAAUGUGUAUUGCUAUAAAUGAGUUGAACUUUCAAAGUUACUUUGAACAUCUUGUUGGGUUCCUCUGCUGAGUAACAUUACUGUCACUUUUGUCACUGCAA